AAAAAGCUUCAAGAAAAAAAGAAUCGUGUCAAAAAGGAAAUGGAUAACGAAAGUGUUAUUCAAUCUACAGAAGUGACGAAUAAAUCGGCUGGCAAAAAGUCAGCUGAAGGAGUUCCAAAAAAUGGAAAAUCCAAUGCAGGUGGUGAGAAAAACAGGAAAGCGACAGAAAUACUUCAAGAUGGUACGAAUAUCAAGCAAACUCCUGGUGAUAUAUCUGGAUCUCCAGAAGUUCCACCUACAAUUGAACAGUCUUCAAUGGCAGCUUUUGUUGCUGGAGUAUCACCCGCUCAAAUGCAGACAAAAUUGAGGGAAAUAAAAAAAAACGUUACUAAUAAGCUUGGAAAGAUCACAAAUUAUUGGAAUCGCAACGAAGUUCAUAAUUCAGUUUUACUGACAUUAAACAAGAUGAAUAUUCCAGCUGCUAUCGAAAAAUUUGUAGCAGACAAUGUACAGCGUAUUCUUGCAAAAACUCCAGUCAUAGACUCAAUUGUUAAAGGGGUCUCUAAGGCUUUCAGGCCUGUUAUUGAGGAAACGUUCAGGGAAAAUUUCACAACUGUACUCAUUCCGUCAUAUCAAAAAGCUACAAAUGUAAUGUUUGAACAAAUAACUGCUACUUUCGAGGCUGAUCUACAAGACAUUACUCACAAGAGUACACAAGUUUUCUCGUAUUCUAAUAUGGAAAGUGUUGGAGAUCAGAAUACAUUGGCACGUUUGCAGACUUCUUUGGAGCAUCUAACCUUAUCCACAUCUGGUCUUGAAGUUUCGAAUAAUUCUGCUAUUGAUAGGGUAUUGGAAGCUCAUAAUUAUGAGGAUGCAUUUGUAGCGGUUAGCAUUAAAUUUAUUCUCGUGAUCGAAUUAUUAGAUUUCCUUCGAUCUAAAUUUCUUUCUUUAG